AAGUCAUUGUGGGUAGAUUACCAACGUCCUUGUCCACCAAACGCACACCAUCUGCCUGGACGCAAGGAAUUUUCGGGGUCCGUGUCAGUCACACGUACUUAAACGAAGACAUUUCCAACAUGAUGGCAGCAAGAUUUCUCCGCCGUUCACUCCCCGUGCUCAGGCAAGCGCGUUGCUACGCCGAGGCCGCCACCGGUGCCCCGCAGAUGUCCUUCACUUUUGCCUCUCCGACUCAGGUUUUCUUCAAAGAGGCCAGCGUGAAGCAAGUGGAUGUGCCCACACUCACUGGUGCAUUUGGUAUCCUCCCCGCCCACGUGCCCACCUUGCAGGUGCUCCGGCCCGGCGUCGUCACGGUCUUCAAUGAUGAUGGCUCUGCUGCUAAAUACUUCGUGAGCAGUGGGUCCAUAACUGUCAACGCCGAUUCUUCAGUGCAACUGCUCGCUGAGGAGGCUGUACCGCUGGACCAGCUGGACAUAGCUGCUGCCAAGGCCAACCUGGAGAAGUCCCAGGCCGACCUGGCCGGUACGUCCGACGAGAUGGCGAGGGCAGAGGUUCAAGUCAGCAUAGAUGCCAACGAGGCCAUCGUCAAGGCGUUGGAAUAGAGCUCCCCGCGUGGUGUGGCCCAACACCAGUUCAUUUGUUAUCUUGACUCUUUUCUUUUGGUGGAACACACAUUCAGCAUUUCCAGCUGCCCUGUGGGUGCCAUGCUUGCUCUGUACAGUGGACGAAAAAAAAAGAACAAAAACAGAAUAAAUUUAUUUGAAAAUA